UCGCAGGCAAUGUCCCAGCCUCAGUCUCAGUUCCAGUUUGGUGCCCUCGACCGCAGAGCCAUGGAGCAGGAACGUCUGGAGCGCCUUGCAAAGCGUCAUCACGGAGACACAGACGGUGACGUCGUCGAGAUUCCACCGCCCAAGAGACAAGCCACAGCAUCAACAUCAGCAGCCAAGGGCAAACAAUCAAAGCCGACAACCUCCCUACCGUACCCCAACGGCACCGUCAAGCGCACCUGGGCUCGGGGAUGCGCACGAACGGGUGACGACAUCACCAUUGAGGAAGUCUUCCAAAAGGACCAGCUGGAACUCGCCGUGCUGUCGUCCUUUCAGUGGGACGAGGAGUGGAUGCUUUCCAAGCUCGACAUCAGCAAGACCAAGCUACUGCUGCUCGCAUUUGCCAAAGACGAAGCCCAGAAGACCCAGAUGCGUGGCAACGUCCCGGCAAACAUCAAGUUCUGCUUCCCCCCGAUGCACGGGAUGGGAGCCAUGCAUUCCAAAUUGCAGUUGCUCAAGUAUCCGAACCGCCUCCGUGUCGUCAUUCCAACGGGCAACCUCGUGCCGUACGACUGGGGUGAGACCGGGGUCAUGGAAAACAUGGUCUUUCUGAUAGAUCUCCCAAGACUGGAAAAUCCCGCCACCACUCCACAGAGCCAGACUGCGUUCUACACGGAGUUAGUAUACUUCCUCCAGGCAACGGGCGUCGGCGACAAAAUGGCUGCGAGCCUCUCGAAUUACGACUUCUCCAAGACGUCAGAUAUCGCUUUCGUCCAUACCAUACCCGGAAGCCACACGGGAAAGGCAGCAGAACGCACAGGGUAUUGCGGUCUUGGGGCCAGUGUAGCAGCCCUCGGCCUAGCCAGCUCUGAGCCCGUCGAGGUCGACCUCUUGGCACGUUGCUCUGAUCUCCACUGUUCUGCCUCUCUAGGAGCAAUCAAUCACGAGUUCAUCGAGGCAAUAUACAAUGCCUGUCGAGGACGGGACGGCAUAGAGGACUUCAAGGACAAGUCCAGCGGCACUAGGUCGAAGGCAGCCAAGAAGCCGGACGAAGCGGCGACCAAGGAGCUCCAAGAACGGUUUCGUAUCUACUUCCCCACAGAGCGGACGGUAGCCGGGAGUAGAGGCGGACGCAAUGCCGGGGGCACGAUUUGCGUGCAAUCGAAGUGGUGGCGAUCGCCUACCUUUCCAACAGAGCUGGUGCGGGAUGUCAUCGCUCGCGACCGGCUCCUCGUCCACAGCAAAAUGAUAUUCGUGCGACGGGUCGGACAAGGCCAGACGACGCAGCAAAGGCCAGGCUGGGCCUAUGUAGGGAGCGCCAAUCUUUCCGAGAGCGCCUGGGGCCGGCUAUCGAGAGACAGGUCUACCAAGGCCAUCAAGAUGAACUGUCGAAACUGGGAGUGUGGAGUGGUCCUCCCUGUGCCUGAGUCAAAGGCAGUUGACAAGGCCCGAGUCAGCAGCGACAUGGCCAUGUUUGCGGGGACGGUUCCUGUUCCAAUGCAAGUUCCCGGGCCUGCGUACGCAUCAAGUGACCGGCCCUGGUUCUAUAUGGGAGCUUGA